AUGGUCAAAAGAACCGCUAGGAGAGCCCUAUUAACAAGGAAGUCAAGUUAUCAAACGUUAAUACUUGAUAUCCUCACGCGGGGUUAUUACUUUAGAAGAAAAGUUUUAUAUGUUUGGCGACCACAAGGAGUUAGAGGGAAAUAUACAUAUAGAAGGAUGUGGAGAGAUAUUCUUCGCAGUAAUUUAUUAUGUGAGAUAUCAAGAUGGAAUGCAAAUAAAAAAAAGAAGUGGGAAAAGUUGGAACUUAAAGAGCGUUUUGUAUUGCAAGAUGGAAUGCUCUUGCAAUUUAGAUGUCAAGAAGUUUUUGAAACAUGUAGAUGGAUUUCGCACCGCAAAUUUAUCAAGUGCGGUUGUGAUAAAAUAACGGUUGUUCGUCUGAAGUGUGGUGUGAUUUAUUUUGGUGAUUUUGGAAAUGUCCACCUUGUUAGAAAAAUCGAUGGACAAUUAUUCGCGGCGAAAAUUUCUAAAAGUUCAUUGCUAAUGGAAUAUAUAGCAAUAAACGAAUUAGACUUGGCGUGUGUUGUCGAAUCGGAUAUUGUUAUACGCCAAUUAAAUAUUUCAUUUUAUAUUAGGGCAAGACACAAUUCAUUAACAACAUGGAUCAAGAAGCAAGUUCCAGACAAUGGUGAUAAUUGGAGAAGAAUCAUAAGAUGUUUGGUGCCUAAUCUUAAACACUCACCCCAUAUUAAGCCAGACAAUAUUCUAGUGGAAAAUGAAAGACCUCUUUCAUUGUUAAUAACAGAUUUUGGAUUAAGUCGUAGACUUAGUUCAAAUCCUAGUGAAGCUAGUGGCACGCCAUUAUUCUGUAAGUAA